AUGGGACGUGGAUGUUGUGGAAAAGUUCCAUCCAUUCGACUUCAUGACUAUAUUACUAACACUGUUCUCACAACAAGUCCAUCCACUCUCUCUCCAAGUUCACCCGGGCCAUUUGCUUCCUCAAGUUGUGAACUGAAAUCAUUUAAAAAGGUUAUGACAGAUGUAGGAUGGUGUCAUGCUAUGCAAACAUUAAUCCGUGCUUUAGAGGAUAAUGGUACUUGGACUAUGGAAAAAUUACCACCUGGUAAACAUGCUAUUGGUAGUCAAUGGGUCUAUAAAAUCAAGUAUAACUCUAAUGGUAGUAUUGAACGCCUUAAAGCUCAUUUGGUUGUUUUUGGUAAUCAUCAAAUUGUCGGAAUUGAUUAUAACAAGACUUUUGCGCCAGUUGCAAAGAUAGUCACGGUUCGUGCUUUCUUAGCCAUUACAGCAUCUAAAAAUUGGGAGUUGCAUCAGAUGGAAGGCAUAAUGCCUUUUUGCACGGGGAUCUCAAUGAGGAAGUCUAUAUGA